AUGGAAAACUGCAAAGAAACAAACCCAUUAUUAGAAAAUCUAAACCAUGUGACGGGAUUUGUAAAAGCUACAAACCAUGGCGUUGGAAAGAACGUGUCUUCCGCGGGUGUCUUUUCCGGAGAGACACGGGUGUACCGUCGCCGCUGGUGGGUAAUGUUCCUGUUUUGCUUUGUCGGAUGCGUGGAAUCCAUGAUCUGGAAUACGUGGGGACCCGUGGCCGCCGCGGCGGAAGUCGGGCUUGGGUGGAAAGACGGAAAUGUCGCCACGGUGGUCAACCUGGCUAACAUCAGUUAUUUGAUCGUCGCUAUACCCAUGUGCAUGUUGAUGGACACCAAAGGUCUCCGAUUCGCCAUGUUGCUUAGCGCCUCGCUACUGGUUUUCGGCAGUGCCAUCCGAUGUAUAUCGCUGGACCCUUUGGCCAUUACCACCACCUCGUACAUAUGUGGGCUAAUACAGGGGAUCUCGGCCUCUGUGCCAUUCUCAGGCCCGUCCUUACUGGCAGCUGUCUGGUUUCCGCCCCAACAGCGACCCGUCGCCACCGCCGUCGGUUCGUUCUGCAACUACCUGGGUGUUUCGAUGUCGUUCAUCGCUGGACCUUACUUAGUUCCGGACCCGUUCUACUCGUGCACGAAUGUAUCCAUUGACAAUACAAAUACCACGCCAUCGAAUUUAAGUAUAAAGAGUUCAUUAGAAACUGUGCUUAAUAGCUCUGAAUGUAGCGUAGAAAAUAUUUCCGAGAUUCGAGCCGGUAUUACGUACUUGCUUUAUUUUCAUGCGGGGACAAUGGUGGUGGCUCUUGUGUUACUUAUUCUGUACUUUCCAGCAAAGCCACCUCGUCCGCCUAGUAUAUCAGCAUCGAUUCAGCGUACAGAUUACAAGGAGGCUAUGGCCACCAUAUUAAAGAACGGCCCUCUGUGGUUAGUAGCUAUUGCUGGUGCCCUUCCUAUUGGUAUAGUCGGCACAUGGAUAGCUAUACUUGAUGUCGUGUUAAAACCCAUUGGAGUGCUACAAAAGGACGCCGGAUGGAUUGGUUUCUGGCAUACUUUAACCGGAUGUUUCUCUGGAAUAUUUAUAGCCAAAUUUUCUGACUUAUUUAACCGGCGUCGAAAACUAUUUCUGAUGCUGCUGUUUGUAUGUGCGGCCGGAUGUGCCAUAUGGUUUGCCCUGUUAACCAAGGGGACUAUACCCUACGACCUGGCGCAGCUGUACGCUGCGGGGAUUCUCCUAGGAGUCUUCAUUAACGGGACCACGCCGCUCUUUUACGAUAUAUCGGCGGAGGCAUCCUACCCGGUGGCGGAAGGCGUCACCGGCGGAUUUUAUACGUCUAUCAACAACGUGUUCGGUGUCGUAUUUCUGUCGCUGGUAUCCGCUCCAGCCCUGGGAACGGCCUGGAUGAACUGGGCGGUUCUCGCAGCCAUCCUGGUAGCGCUGCCACUCCUGGCGGUCUUUCCGGAGACAUACAAACGGACCGACAUCGAUCUUAAUCGUAAUACACUCAUUGGAUAG